AUUCUGGACAUGGAAUACACGUAUCGUAGUAUGCUAUGCUGUUCAUAUGCAUGUACUUUAUUCUCAUGGCUGCUUGAUGUUUCCGGCUCUAGGGAUUUUAAUGUUCCCCCCUUUGUGUUAGAAAAACGUUCUCUGAGGAUCUACGGUUCUACCCCACUCCAACGCUUCACGUAGAGUUGGAGUUAUCUGGCUAAGGAGGGAGCCCUCAGCUCUAGAAAAGAUGGCCCUAUGAAGAUGCCGUUCAACCCGACGUGCUCCGCGCUCCUGAAGAAUAUCCCCAAGAACUUCAUGUAUGGCUUCUUCCGGGUCAAGGGCCGCGAACUCGUACGUCGCGAGGCGGAGCGUCUGAAGGAUCAGCUACAAGCGAAAGCCGAAGCGCGGGUUCGUGAAGUCCUUGGAGACACAAGGAAGCUGAAGGUCAAAGGGGUGUCUCGGGAGAAGCCCCUGCUGGAGCGCGUGCUCCGACGGAGGCAACUACCGUUGGAGAUGGAGUUGCGGCCGGAGAGAUGCGAGGGAAAGAGUAUAUGUGAAUUUGAAGAAGCGUUGUAAUAUAGUUUUGGCUCUUAACACCUUCGGUGUUUGCAGCUAUGCGCAGGACCCUGCGAUGGAACCUACGACGCAGGUCACUAAAGAUAUCGUAGCUUUACGGAUGAACCGUGGCGAUUUUUUUGUCUGUGGAAAUUCAUGGUCGAAGUUUCAUUCU